AGACAGCCAGACAGCAGGGAAGAAGCAGCAACAACAGCAGCAACAGCCGCAUCCUUUGUGCAGCCGCUGUGACCGGUCACUGUCUCUGUGCCAGAGCGCGGCUACAUUGUAGCAACUGUCCGCUACUGUAACGUUAUUGUGUCGCUACUGUGUCCAGCGCCGGGAGAUCGCUGCGGCCCCCUGUCCCACAUACACGCACACACACACACAGGGGCAGCCGGCGGCUGGGCCAUGGCAGCCGGGCCGGGUGUAAGGGGACCAUGAGCCGGGCGCACAGGCCCGGGGUGAUGGCGAGAGGCGAGUGUAGCUGCAGCGGCCCCGACACCGACACCGUCACCGUCACCUCUCCCGGCCGCCCGUGACACAGCAGCGGGGACCGGGGGAGCCGAGGCCGAGGCCCGGGGCCCGGGGAUGGAGACUCUGGGCAGGUUCGAGUUCAACAGGAAGGAUCUGAUCGGGCACGGGGCGUUCGCCGUCGUCUUCAGAGGCCGAUGCACCGAGAAACAUGACUGUGAAGUUGCCAUUAAAUGUAUUAACAAGAAAAACUUAAUCAAAUCUCAAACCCUUCUGGGAAAGGAAAUAAAGAUAUUGAAGGAACUGAAGCACGACAAUAUUGUGGCACUCUAUGACUUCCAGGAAAUGGCAAAUUCCGUCUACCUGGUGAUGGAGUAUUGCAACGGGGGAGAUCUUGCCGAUUACCUGCAGCUGAAGGGGACCCUGAGUGAAGACACCAUACGCCUCUUCCUGCAGCAGGUGGUGGGAGCAAUGAGGGUGCUGCACAGUAAGGGGGUCAUCCACCGCGACCUGAAGCCCCAGAACAUCCUCCUGAGCCACCUGGGGGGCCGCAAGGCCAAUCCCAGCAACAUCUGCAUCAAGAUUGCUGACUUUGGCUUUGCCCGCUACCUCCAGAGCAACAUGCUGGCAGCGACAUUGUGUGGAUCACCCAUGUACAUGGCACCAGAGGUGAUCAUGUCUCAGAACUAUGAUGCCAAGGCAGACCUGUGGAGUAUCGGGACAAUUGUGUACCAGUGCCUGACUGGCAAAGCCCCCUUCCAGGCCAACAGUCCACAGAAUCUCCGCCUAUUCUACGAGAAAAACAAGACCUUGGUCCCAAAUCUUCCCCGAGAGACAUCGACCCACCUGCGCCACCUCCUGCUCGGUCUCCUGGUCAGGAGCUACAAGGAGCGCAUGGACUUCGGCGAGUUUUUCCACCACCCGUUCCUGGACGUCAGCUCAUCCAUGAAGAAAUCGGCUCCAGUGUCAGUGCCGACGAUCUCCGGCUCCGUAUCCAACAGCUCCUGUAGCAGCUCGUCCACCUCACACCUCGCCUCACCGCCGUCGCUGUGUGACGUACAGCCACCGGCGGAGAGGAGCCAGGUGUCGGUGGCCACGGAAGAUGCCGGAAUCCUCCAGCUCUCCCGGGACUCAGCAGCAAGCAGCAAGAACUCGUCUUGUGACAUCGACGACUUUGUGCUGGUGCCGUUCAACUGCCCCACGCACGGGGGGUCCGGUGAGCUGCAGAAUGACGGUGUGAUGGGAAAGAUGGUGAUGACCAGCCUCAGUGACAGCAGUUGGACAGGCGGUGAGUUGCCAGGCCAUGAGUUGCCGGGCUGCGAGUCGCCAGCGGUCUACAGAGCGACCGUUCCCAUCCCUGUCCCCACGCAGAUCCACAACUACCAGCGGAUGGAGCAGAAGCUGCGGUCCCCACGACAAGGUGCACCGCCAAGUGCGGAUGCAUUGGGAAGGUCGUGCAGCUCUAACGCGGGGGGGAGCAGUGAGGCAGCGAUGACAUCAUCCUCACCCCGGCACGGAGACCACGGCUCCUCACGGCAUCGGCGUUCCGCGUCGGAGAGCUCCAAGCCGUGCUCACCCUCACCGCAAGCAGGCACUGUGAUGCCGGAGCCCAGCUGGCACGGACGGCAGGUCAGGCUGCACAGCGCCCCCAGCCUCCUGGAGCCCCCCCCACGCUGGGACCCUGUGCCCGGCCAUGUGCUCCAACACCAGCAACAACGCCGACACAUCAGGCUGUCGCCAAAACUCUCCGACCUGAUUCACCGAAGCCCCCUGCCGACCAUCGCGGGCUCGCCAACGAAGAUCUCCUCGCGGUUGCAGUUUCCCGAGACCACCGGUGGGCAGAGUCUGGUGACAUUGCUGGCUCACCAGGGCCUGGCACUGGCUGGCAGUCCCAACCCUCCCGUGCCCGAGAUGACCAACCUCCAGCGGCAGCUCGACCACAUCCAAGGGCACGGGGACACCGAGACGGGGUCAUUCGGCAGGUCACUGAGUGCGGGCAAGAUGUCGGACCUGUUACUGAGAGCGGCGUUCGGUGGUCCGGUCACCGGCACGGUCAGCGGCAACAGCCCGUCCACCCGGCCGGCAGUGGACACGCCCGGGUUGGUGGUGUUGUCCAGUGGUGGCCAAGUGGCCAAGGGGUCAGAGUUCACUCGCUGCUGCAGCCCCGCCCCCACGCUCUUCACGGUGGGGUCACCGCCCAGCGGCUCCACGCCACACGCCGACACACGCACACGCAUGUUCUCAGUUGGAUCAUCGGCUUGGAUCAGCUCGGUGGGGUCGUGUGGUCCUAGUGCCGGCCCCCCCGGGGGGAUGUGCGGGGAUUCACCUGGCCUCCGGUACUCGUUCCCCGAGACCACGCGCGCCAGCGUGGAGACCGCCGUCACCUUCGAGGCCCCGGAGCUGCCCGAGGAAACUCUGAUGGAGCAGGAGCACGCGGACACGGUGAGGAACCUGCGCUUCACACUCGCCUUCGUCCACUGCGUGAUGGAGAUGGGCAGCGGUCACCCUCACCCCCCCUGCACCACGUCCCAGACGCACGUCACGCCUGCACCACUGCAGCCCAGCGCCCAGCUGGUGGACCAGAUCAGCACGCUACGCCGCGAGUGGAGCUUUGCCGAGCAGCUGGUGCUGACCAUGAAGGUGGCGGAGCUGCUGUCCACCGCCCUGCACCUCAGCAAGAGGCAGAUCACCCAGGGCCGGCUCUACCCCAACCACACCGUCAAACAGGUGGUGAGGAAGCUGAACGAACACUACCGGACGUGUGUGUCUCUGUGUCGGUCUCUCACCCUCAGCCUCCAUCGCUUCUUUGUGGACAAACAGCAGCUGAUGGACAGAAUCAGUAGCAUCGCUGCCGAGAAACUCAUCUACACACACACCAUGCACAUGGUGCAGGCGGCGGCGCUGGACGAGAUGUUCCGGCAAGGGGGGCAGGAUUGCCGCCGGCGUUACCACAAGGCGCUGCUGCUGAUGGAGGGGCUGGCACAGAUCCUCACCGACCACAGAGACGUCUCCAACAUCACCAAGUACAAGCAGUACAUUGAACGGCGGCUGUGGGCGCUACACCUGGAGCUGUGUGGUAGCGAACCCUUCCCGGUGGAGCAGCGGUGACCAGCAAACCGUCUGGAGCUCUCCCCUCCCCCCCCCCCCCCCUCUCCCCCCCCUCCUCACCCCCGUCACUCUCUCUAUCUGUCUCUCACAGGAGGGACCGCGUGUGUGUGUUCGUGCGUGUGCGUGUUUUGCGACUGAAAUCUCGGCUGCACGCGCACACACACACGGAUUACCGGCAUGUGCGUGUGGCGUGUGCGUGUGGUGGCGCCGGGCCGGUUACAGGCAGCACACGUGUGUGGGCGGUGGGGAGAGGGACGGUGACAGAUCGCUCGCUCGCUCUCUCUGGCGCUGCACUGGGCUGCAAGGCUGCUGAUGCCGUCACCUGCAAUGAAUGCAGAGAAGCGCAGAGUGUGGCCACUGAUGCAGGUCUGUGUGACACACACAUCCCCCUCCCCCCGCUCCCCCUCCCCCCCCGCUCCCCCUCCCCCCCA